GGCGGCGCGAGGCUGCAGCGGAAGCGAGAGAAGGAGCGGCGGAGAGAGAUGAAGGCGGAGCGCAAGGCGGCCAAGGCGGCGAGGAGGGAGAAGAAGGGGAAGGCGGGGAAGAAGGGGAAGGCGGGGAAGAAGGGGAAGCGGGACUGGCGGGAGGCGAAGGAGGAGAAGAAGAAGGACCGGGGCGCGGAGAAGGGGGCGGCAGCGGGCGGCAAGCGAGGCCGCGCGGAGGCGGACGACGACGGCGGCGCGGGGAGGAAGAGGAUGGGCAGGAAGUGGGGGCGCGCCGCUGAUGCAGACGCGGCGACGCCCGCGUCGGCGGCGUCGAGCAGCGAGGGCGACUAGAGCACGGCGUGGCGCGUACCGCACCGUGCGUCACCGCCUCUUUGUCUGACUCUUGAGGAUGGCUUGCACUUGUCAGUCUCCCACGACACAGCAGCUGUCAGUGUAGAUCGAGUCCGC